AUGACGCCGCUCCUCGUGCUGGUCACAGCGUGCAUUAUACCUGCCAUAGAGGAAGAUGCGGAAAUUUUGAGUGCGUCCCGAGGAAGGCACAGGAUCGCGGCCAUUAUGGACGACAUCAAGGCACACGCACCUACCAAGAAAGCUGCCGAGCUUAUUAAAAACAAGCUUGAAAAAACAUCAGCCGAGCUGGGCCUACUGCUCAAUGUAAGGAAGUGCGGCAUAUACGUGAGUCAGACCACCGACGACGAGGCCGAGGAAGAUAUCCCCUUCUUGUCCAUUGUAAGAGACGGUUACAAGUAUCUAGGCCUGCAGCAAACAGAGAGAGACACACCGGUAAACAUGGCAACGCUCACGCAAAUACUAGAGCAAAAGUUAGCGGAGAUACUAACAUCAAAGCUCUCGCCAAGCCAGAAAGUCACACUCAUCAACAACACUCUGAUACCGGCCGCCGUAUACGCGACGGGCAAUCUAUACCCUAAUGAAGCCAGAGCAACAACACUCAAGAAAUGCGCAGAUGUGGACAAGAAAAUACGCAAGGCGCUUAUAAAUCACAACCUGCUCGGAAAAACGUCCACAAGAGCGCUCGUCUACGUACCCACAUCACUCGGCGGCCUCGGCAUAAAAUCGCUUGUGACUGAGACAGAGGCACAAUAUGUAAGGAAAUACAUAUACCUCCAACAUCAUCCGGAUAUGAAGGAAACGGAAGCAGAAUAUAAAAGGCUGGUAGCUGCGGGCUGGCGAAACCCCAUCACCGACGCGUUGCAUGUCAUGCAGGCGUAUGAGCUGGAAAUACCAGCGAAAGAAGAGCCAGACGAGCCGCUCAACGCAUACUGCAGACGAGUAGUCGAAAAGCUCCGCCAGGCGCAGGUGAACAGGACACUGCAGAGCUGGACAACAUCGAGCCAUUAUGCCCGCCUUGUAACGAAAGCAGCGCCAAAAAUCCGCUUUCCUGCGCUUGCGGACUACCGUUCGGACAGCUGGAUGGCAACUGUGGCGCGCACGGCUGCAGAGGAGCAGAUGCAUGGGCUGGGUGCCAACCCGGCAAGGAGGAGAAAGUGCCGACUUGGGUGUAACGCUGACGAAACGGCUUAUCACGUGAUGUCAGCUUGCGUGACCCAGGAGUACACCACGCGGCACGAUGCCGCAGUCCGUCACGUCCUGCACAGGAUCCUUGCAGGCACACGAGCUCCGGAGCACAUAAGAUCACAACUGCGGUACGGCAAAGCAGCGCUCGUUGUGGAGUACGCAUGGGGCCAGAGGCAGAUAAAAAUCAGAGCCGGUACCAAGGUACAGACGGACCCAGAGCUCUACCAUAACCGACCGGAUAUUGUGGUCGUGGCAACGAACCCGGACACCGUGUAUGUAUUCGAAAUCGCUGUGUCGCACCUACAAAACAUCCACCGCCAAGAAAAAAUUAAGCAGACGAGAUAUGGCAAAAACUCCACCCUGCACGUGACGGAGAAAAACUACGACACAGUCCCGCGAGACUACAACCUUGUGGAGGCCUUGGCGCGGAUGUACAAGGCUCCAGUGAAGCUCUCCCUCAUGGUUUUCGGUGCGCUGGGCGAGAUACUGGAGACCCCGGGCCUCGCCAGUGCGUACCGGCAUCUUCAACCGCUUGGCGCAACCAGAGACGACCUGAGGGACCUGGAGAACCGGUGCUGUCGCAGCAUAUGUGUGGCAACUGCCAAAAUAAUUAUGAGAAGACUGACCAUGAGACCGCGCGACUCUGAGUAG